AAACAUAAAAUUAUUUUUCACCGGUAAUAUUCGUAUAAAAAUUAUUUUUCUCAAACAGUACUGCUAGUUAACGUUAUCUUGCAAUAAACAAGGAGAUACAAAUGAAUGUCACACAAUUCUUUUGUUGAUGAUUAAAUGACAUAUAAUGUCGAAAUUUCAAGCGUUGUUUGCAGCAGUAUUGAUUCAAUUACAGAUACAUUCCACUUUAUCGGGGACUCUAUCGGACGAUGUUAAGCUUGCAGAUUUGUCAAAUCAGUUCUCAUUUGUUCUGGAAAAACAGUUGCAGAAUAUUGAUAAGACAGGACAAACUCUUGAGACCCUAGUAGAAGAAUAUAAGAAAUCUCUGGAGUUGGAAUUGCAACAACUGCGUCAAUAUAUUGAAGAAACCACUGUUCAAGCCGUACAAGAAAAUAAAGAUAUUUCGAAUUGUCUUAAUGAAAGAUUGGGUACUAUCUCUUUCAAGCAAAUUGAUCUGUGUGAUCAGCGAAAUUUGGUAGAAUAUUGUAGAAAUGUCUUGAUACACUUAACGAAAGAAUAUUAUACAAUAUUAUCGGAUAUUAAUCAAUGUAAUUCUAGUGUAACUGUCGAUAGUUGUAGAUAUACCAAAAUUUGUAAAUUGAGAAAUGCGAUAAAAAAUGCAGAUAUUCUUAUAACAAGUUUAUUGAACAUCGCACAUGAUUCAGCAUUUCAAUGUACGAAAAUAAGUGUUAUGAAAAUUGAUCACAAUAUAACUUCACUAGCGAAGAGUUUUACCACUUGCUCUGAUGUUAUAAUGGAAUUUGUAUAAUUUCAUGGAAUACCUUAUUAAUAAAUCAAUAAUUUU